GCUAAUUUGUGGGCGUUGGGGGUCUUCCCAAAAGGGUCCAAACAUUUCCCUUUGAAGAAGAGGGAGGGAAAGAAAUUGUUGCUGGAACUUGUAUAAAUGAUCUGAAAUGGCAGCUGAUUAUUUACUGUUCCUGAAAAACAAAUUCAUCAGUGACUAUGAAGAAGCAGUGGCAGAAUCCAAUGAUUUUCCCUUCGGUUCUCGUUUUCAUGAGAUUUUAGAGAACUUGCAGAAAAUGAGGAUCAGCUCCUCAACACCCAUAAGAAUGAAAAAUUUGGUGUACGAUCUCAAGUUUGUAUUGGCUGAGUGCGUCAUGGCAGGCAAGGAGAAGGAGCGCAUUACCCAGACCAAGAAAAGUCUCGUAGGUUAGGGUUCGUCAACGAGGGGACUUUCCAGAAUUCGACGAGACUUCGAUUCGUGGGUUCGAACACCAUUUCGAAAAGAUCAAAGAUUUGCUCCUCAAGACGCCUGAUACUGAUAGUAUCAGCACGAUUGGCAUUGUAGGGAUGGGCGGUUCAGGUAAAACUACUCUUGCCUAAAUGGUGUUCAAUAGCCCUCAAGUCCAAGGCAGUUUCUCCCCAAUCUUAUGGGUUGAAUUACCUCAAUCUCUGAUUAAACCCAACUUAGUUGUUUUCGCCAUUCUCAAAAGCUUGGCAAGUGAUUUUUCUUGGUGUGGCAGUGCUUUUGAUCUCAAUGAGCUUUUGCACAACCUGCACUGUCGUUUGCUUAACAACAAGUAUUUGAUUGUGUUGGACAACGUGUGGCAUGCGAGUAAUUGGUACUUUGAUUUGGAUUCUAACUCCAAGCUGCAGAUGGAAGGCAACGAAAACUACACUCGUCUCUCACAUGGUUUGCCAAGGGGAAGUGGGGGUGCCAUCAUCGUCACUAGUAGACUCAAUGCAGUGGCAAGUAAGAUGGUCGGUAAGCGGAAUUUGUAUCCCCUCGAGCCCACAUUGGACACAGAGUCAUGUUGGUCCAUAGUUAUAGAUUCAAUUGAAAAGGGGAUUUCAGAUCACUGGAUAUUAGAAAAAAUUAAAGAUGACAUGGUAGACAGGUGUGGUGGUCUUCCAUUAGCUGCAAAGACCUUGGCGGACAUAAUUUCACAUCAGUUUUUGACAGAUCCAAGUGCAAUUAAGGAAUUUCACUUGGAAUUCGAAAAAUCUGUUGCACCUACCUCAGAGGUCCUAAAGGAAAUUAGGUCCUGUCCAGAAGUUUAUUAUGCCAAAAUUGCCCGUGAUCACGACAACAAAGUAGAAGCAGGAGGAAAUUUCAAUCCUCAAGAUGUAGUGAACGCCUUGAGGAAAUUUUCCCUGGGAGAGAUCAAGAUCAAUGGUAUUGAGCCAUUGCAGAAACAGUGAUGGAAGAAGAAAGUUAUGGAGCCUAUGGAAAAGGAAUCAGGGGAAGAGCAAACCAUGGAUUUAAAAGAAGAAGAUAGAACUAAAUCAGCUGUUUUUUUAAGGCCUUAGAGGUGUUGAAGAGAAACUGAUAGCACAUUAUCUUCUUCGUCGUUGCCAACUGACCUUAGAGCAUCUCAUGUGUUUAAUGUCAAAAUAAAAGUCAAAAGUCAAAUUAUAUUAAAAUGUUAUUAUUUGACAAUUCUAUUAUAAUAGUGCAAAUAUUUUUGUUUUUAUUUUUAUUUUUAUUGUAAAAUGUCAAAUGUCAAAUGAAAAUGCUUUUUUUUUUUGUUAUACCUUUUUUCUAAACACCUUUUUUUUACCCCUAAGU